AUGAAUUCGCCUGCAAAAAGAGAAUCAUCGAUUUUCGACACAACGGAGAUCCCAGUAAUCAAAUCGGACCAAAUAAAAGGAACCGGUAAAAGUUUGGGAUGCGGAACAUAUGGAUAUGUAGAAAAAGCGAUUUAUAAACCAACUCCUACCUCAGAAGCGAUCGAUGUGGCAAUCAAAUAUGCAUCAAAUCAAAAAUAUACAAGAACUUUGAUAAAUGAGGCGAAAAUCAUGAUGACUUUGAUGGAACAUCCGAAUGUUAUCAGUAUUUAUGGAAUCUACAAAAUUGACGCAAACCGAUGUGGACUCGUUAUGGAAUAUAUGGAUUGUCAAUCAUUAGCGGAACUUUUACACAAUAAUAAUAUUCAAUAUACGAUUUCACAUUUCGCCAGUUGGAUGUUGCAACUUUGCUCGGCUGUCGAAUUUUUUCAUUCGUAUAAUCAAAUUCAUCGCGAUCUCAAGGUCCAAAAGUGAGUUGUUAAAUAUUUCUUAUAUUUUUUUUCGAAAAAUAUUUGUAUUUCUAGCAUUUUACUCUGUGAUCACUAUCGAACACUAAAACUCUGCGAUUUCGGAACCUAUACAGCUCUCAAAAGUACAAUGACUGUGGGGCUUGGAACACCAGUAACAAUGUCACCUGAAGUGAUGCGCGGAGACAAGAAAUACGAUAUGAAGAGUGAUAUUUACAGUAUUGGAAUUAUUAUGUGGCAAAUACUAUCGAGACAGUAAGUGGAGUUUCUUUUCCGCCUAAAAAAUCAAAAUUUUUGUAGAGAACCUUAUCCAAACGUGGACAGUUUAGCGCAACUUGUCUACCACGUUGCAGGGAAUAAUAAUCGACCCGCUGAGCUUCAAUGUAGUUACAUUCUUUCCGGAUUCUACAAAAGAUGUUGGCAUCAAAAUCCAGAGAUUCGACCAACUAGUAAAGAAGCUGUUGAAUAUUUUACACUUCUGAAAAAAGAAUAUCCACAUGGCGAUGUUCCUUUAAAAAUUGGAAAGGCUGAAGAUCAUCUAGAUGUUUCGAAUAGGAAAAACCAUCGGAGAACUGGAAGUGAUACAUUUGGAAUAAUCGAUUCUGAUUCAGAGAUUCCUGGUUUGCGAGGUGUUCGCUCGCAAAGUGUCGCAGCUAUCAUCACACCAUCUCGUCCAGCUCCACCACCCCCAACAACUUCCACGCUUUCUUCGUUCCAAGACCCAUCUUUGAAACCGGUGGAGCCUGAUGUUCGAGAUCCACUAUCAUUUCAAAUCUACAAAGAUCAUAUGGUGGAAUUGGAGACGUUCCGAAAUAUCAAACAACUUCAGCAAACAAUUCUGAAUUCGAAACAUGAGAAAUUGAAGAAAUGGCAACUUUUGGAGCAACUCAAGAUUUUAGAAGCAGCUAGUCAACAUUUGUGA